UAAUUACUUAACCAUUUCUUGAUUAAAUUGUUAAAUGAUUCAUGUUGAGACGAUAGUGUAAUGGCGGGAAAAUGUAGUGUUAGUUCGUUACGGAAUAAAUCCCAAUCCUUAUUAGGUUAGGGUUUCAAAAUUGGGCUAAGUUUGAAGGAGAAGAACAUGAAGAGGCGGACGAGAAUCGGAGGCGAUGGCGGCAACCAAGGAUUGGAAGAGAACACGUUGGCGCUUCUCGACACCUCUGGUUUCAAUGCUUCCAAAGUUUCUCACCACCUCGACGACGAUCGGCUUGCUUUCCUCGAGGCUGUGCGAACUACUUGUCUUAAAACCGAUGAUGGAAACGCACCUACACGGUACCUCCUGCAGCGCUCCAAAAUGCUUGAGGCCAUUUUUCAUAUCCUGAUUGAUGCGGAUUCGCUUGAUUUGGUGAUUCAAAGUUACCAGCUUCUUGUUGAGCUAGACAAGCGGUUUCCUCGACUGUACCUAUCCGAAGGAGAACAAUCAGAUUCUUCUUCCCGUAAAGUCUCCUCUUUUAUUAUGGUUGAAGAGGCAUGGUCACCUUUUACUUUUACGAUGGAUGGUUCCGACAAGAAGUGGGAUGCUACAAAUCAUUCAAGAAAUUUAGUGGACUCCUCGGGAUUCCACACUCUUAUAAAAGAAAUAGCUGAUGUGUCUGUGGAAAUGAAGUCUGAAGCAGUAGAUAUAGGGUUCAUGAAGAAAAUGUUACUGCUUCAAUAUCUUGUCACUGUCCUUGAAGGGGAUUUUCAGCCUCGUAACAGCACUUAUCAAGAAAAUCUGGACUGGAUCAUUUUGAGGGAGUCAUUGCUGAGCAUGCUUCUGGGAUCAAGAAAGAUAACAUACAAAGGAUUAAUAAAGAGUUCUUUGUCUGCCUUGUACAACUUGUCUCAAUCUACUGUAUCUUCUGAAGAAGAUAGCUGCAGUGAUAAAACUCAAGGGGAGGAAUUGCAUGAAGCUGAUAAGGCCAUUGCAUUAGCUUUACCAGAAGUAAAAAAGUCUACUUGCAAUGUCCUGAAGAAAUUUUUCAUAAUGAUCAUGGAGCUAGAUUCUUCAAAGAGGACAGCUGAUCAGCAUGGCCUUACAACCAGGGCUGAUGGUGUAAGGACACCAGCAGUGGAGAUAAUUUUGGACGAACUCAUUAAUGAUAGUGAUGUUCUUUCUUCAUUCCUUAAGGUGUUUGACCCAAAAUGGAGGCUUGAGAUCAUCGUGCAGUAUUUUCAAAAGUACAUUUCAAAGAAUUCCGUUCAAACUAGAAGCUCAACUGGUACAAUCAACACUGAGAACUUAGAUGGACUUUUAAAAUUUCUGUCCAACAGCAAGAGGACCAAAAGUAUCAUUAAAAAAAUCACAACAGAAGCUAUUCAGUUGCUGCUCGCCUAUGGUUUCCAGGCAUAUGUGAUGCUAUUACACGAUGAAUCUCAAGGCUUCUCUGAUAUGCUGGAAGAUGUCAAAAGUAAUUCCGCUGUGGGUGUUUGCGAAGACCUUAUUUCUGCUUUUACAUGUCUCAGACGUGAAGAUCCGAAAACCGGGAUCUUAUGCUGUGGCAAGCAGGCUCUAAUUACUGCUGCUGCCACCAUCUCAAACCUGCGCAGCAUUUGAAGGAAGUAAUGCAGCAGCUGAUGUUAAAAUCCCACAAUAUUUCAAGAAUCAACGCUAUGUAUGUCGUUUUGCUUCCCUAGCGCGUAAUUAGUGUCUGUCGAAGAACCAUAAUCUUAAAGAAUGAGUUGAGCUUGUAGUAUA